UUUUUUCCCAGGGCUCUGGUCAAACCCAAGUCGGAACUUACUCCAGAGGAGCUGGCUCGCCAGGAGGAGGAGGAGUUCAACACGGGCCCACUAUCAGUACUUACACAGUCUGUGAAAAACAACACUCAGGUUCUGAUCAACUGCCGCAAUAACAAAAAAUUGCUUGGAAGGGUUAAAGCCUUUGACCGCCACUGCAACAUGGUCCUUGAGAACGUUAAGGAGAUGUGGACGGAGCUUCCGCGCACCGGCAAGGGCAAGAAGAAGGUGAAGCCCGUCAAUAAGGACCGCUUCAUAUCGAAGAUGUUCCUUCGCGGCGAUUCUGUCAUCCUCGUUUUAAGAAAUCCCCUGGCAACUGCUGCGGGUAAAUAGUUUACCGUAGCGUACAGUAAAGAUAGCCACCAAUUACAAUCAAUAAAACUAAAAGCGAUUCUCUAUACAUUAACAAAAACAACGUCUAA